AUGAGUUAAUCAAAUAAGUCUAGCAGACCUGCAUCAGUCGCAAAGAGUGCUUUAUCUUAAAAGACAAACAAUCAACCAAAUAACUUACAAACACCUACUCCAGGAUAAGCAUUAACAGCCAAUAUUCAUAACUAUCAAUCUCAUGAUACUUUUGGAAAUUAAUAUCUUAAAUAAGAGUAACACGCUUAGAGUGGAAAAUGGGGACCAGAGAAAGUUCUUCAUAACAAUGAUUUAAUGAAGUAAUAAGAAGAGCUUAAAAAAAUAAUUAAGCAGAAAUAUGAAAUGAUCUAUAAGUUUUAAGAAUUUCCAGCAGAAUGUUUUAUUGCAUAGAUUUCUUUCACACAUUUGAAUACUUUCAUUGUCACUACAGAUGGUAGAGUUUUUUCUUGGGGAGGAAUCACAUUUUGUCUUGGUAGAGAAUUCAUAAAAGGCAAUGAAAAAGACAUAGAUGAGAUUGAAUACUUUGAUUCACCAAUUGUAAAGUUGGCUACUGGCAGAACUCAUGUGCUUGCUCUUGAUGUUAAAGGUAGAGUUUAUUCGUGGGGCAAAAAUGAUCAUGGAUAAUUGGGUCUCUCUGAUAAAUCUGAUAAAGAAUUCCCAACUAAAGUAGAUAGUCUCAGAAACAUUGUUCAGAUAUAUGCAGGUGACAAUAUGAGUUUUGCAGUUGAUAAAUUUGGCGACACUUUUGCUUGGGGACAAAACAAGCAUAACUGUCUGCUAAUUAAUGAUAAAGAAUAAAUAUGGGCUUUUGCCAACUUGCCUUAGAGAGUGAAGUUUCCAUCCUACUUCUAAAAGAGUUCAAAUGUUAAUGUGAUUGUAAAUAAUUAAAAUGGAGUGACUAUGUAUGAGGCAAAAAGGCCAGUUAAGAGUGUGGCUAGUGAAACAUAGCAAGAACUUGAUAAAGCCAAGACAGAAAACUACAAACUAAGAAUAUAAGUAAAGGAACUAGAAAAGAAAAUUGCUAAAUGGGGUUCUCAGGACCAAACUGUAGAUGAAGAAAUGGAAAUUAAGAAAAAAUGCUCAAACGAUAAGGUGAUCAGAAAUCUUGCUAUUUUAAUUAAGAAAAUAGAGACAGAGACUCAAAAUGCAAGUUAGGAUUAAAAGGACUUUAACAAGGAGCUAAAGAUAUUGAACUCUGAGAUAGAAAGUUAUAAUAAGUAACUGAUGGAGCUGGAAAGUAAGGAGCGAGAGAUAUUAAAAAGUAGUGCAGGAGCAAAUGCUGAUGGUAGAUAAGAUAAAAAAGAACUUUAAAAAGCUAAUAAUGCUAUGAAGAGUGCAAUUCAUUAAAAACUGGUAAUGAGAGAGAAGGAAAGAUAUGAACUUCAUUAAAAAGGAGAAAAAGCAAAGUAAACAAUAGAUGAAAUGGCUGAGAAUCUCAAAAUAUACACCUCAAUUUUGAAUGAAAGAAAAAGGACUUUAGUCAAUGCUUACUUAAUGAAAAACUAAGAUGAUUUAGAAAGAAUUCUCGAAACUCUUUACUCUCAUUUCCAACUAGUUUAAAAGACCUCAUUCGAUAUGAUGAGCAAGGAUAACUUAGACUACUUGGGUUCAAAAGAGAUCUUGAUUAAAUCUAAUAAUGAGCUAUAAAGAUUAAUGAAAGAGCUCAAUCAGCAGAAAAUUGAGAAGGAUGAUAUUAGAUAUGAUAUCUUUAGCAUGAUAUAUGAAAUGAUUCUUGAUAACAUCAAUUUAAGGCUUAAACAAAAUAAUUAUAUAGAAGGCAUCUUAGAACAAACUAACCAGAAGAUGGAGAAAUAUGUCUAUCAGUUUUAAAAGAAAAUAGAAGAAGAACUGUUGAGUACUGGAUAAACUCUCUUGCCAUCUAAGAAGAAGUAACCUUUAACCAAAGGUUUUGAUGAUGAGGAUGAGGACAAAAAUGAAGAUGGGGAAUUUGGAAAAAGAAAGCAACUCAGAUAAAUAUAAUUUGAUGAAAAGCCAAAAAAAGAAAAAAAUAGAAUGUGCUCUUGA